AAGAAAAAAGAAAAAAGAAAAAAGGACCUUUGUAGUUAGGAAGCUGAGCAAUCGUAAAUUUUGAUGUAAUUUGGCAGUGUGGCAACGAUGGGGUUACAAAAAAUUGCAUUUUGGAUGGUAAUUAGCAUUGAAGGUAGCCUCGCUGGCUCAUCAGGCAACUACAAAACCGCAGCACAUGCUCCCAUGAGCUGUGCUUUUCCUUAGCCUAUGCCCCCCAUUCACACCCCUUUUUCAUCUUUUGGAGCAACCGUUUUGUGAAAUUCUGAAUUUGAUUACUGCUAGCUCACACAGAUCAGCCUUUACUCUUAUUAGUCUUAGCUUUGUAGGACUGAUUCUGAUUCUGGGUACUGAUUCUUUGCCUUCUCUUGGGUUUUUAGAUUGAAUUAAAAGGUGGGUAUUUCUCAGGACUGAAGAGGGUGUAUUGACUUGAUCGAGAUUGAGGGCUACAGUGGUUUUUAGUGAGCAAAAAAAUCGAUAUGCUGGAAGUUAUUCUGUUUUUUGAUUGAAUCUGGGAGAUGGGUCGGUUUGGAUUGUUGAUUUCGUGUUGAAUUGAGGGAAGUAAUCGGUGAAAGAUGAGGCGGCGGCCGGCUGACUUUCGCCGCCCGGUUCGACGGAGGUUUUCGCAUUGGAUCUGGGCGCUUUUGGGGGGUUUCACAAUUGUAGGACUCGUUUUGUUUGUAGUUCAUCAUAAUCAGAGCGAAGAUCGUAUCGAACAGCCCGUCCUGGAGAGAAAUUCAAGAAUUGAACAAGUUGCUCAUGACAGAUUAAAUUUCACUGAAGAAAUAUCGAGUGCUACAUCAUUUUCCCGGCAAUUGGCAGAGCAAAUCACACUUGCCAAAGCUUAUGUAGUUAUCGCCAAGGAGCAUAGCAAUCUUCACCUUGCUUGGGAGUUGAGCUCUAAAAUCAGAAGUUCCCAGUUAUUGCUUUCAAAAGCUGUGAUGAGAGGAGAACCCAUCACUCUGGAGGAAGCAGAGCCCAUAAUCAAAAGCCUAUCCUCUUUAAUAUUCAAGGCACAAGAUGCUCAUUAUGAUAUUUCAACUACAAUAAUGACAAUGAAGUCUCAUAUUCAAGCCCUUGAAGAGCGGGCUAACGCUGCGACAGUACAAAGCACAGUGUUUGGGCAACUUGCAGCUGAAGCUCUUCCAAAGAGUCUUCACUGCCUAAAUGUGAAACUCAUAGCUGAUUGGAUGAAAUAUCCUUCCUUUCAAGAAAUGGCAGAUGAGAAGAAAAACUCCCAGCGAGUCGUGGAUAAUAAUCUGUAUCAUUUUUGCAUAUUUUCAGAUAAUCUUUUGGCGACAUCUGCUGUCAUCAAUUCCACUGUUUCUAAUGCUGAUCAUCCAAAACAGUUGGUCUUCCACAUUGUCACGAAUGGGAUUAACUAUGGAGCUAUGCAGAUUUGGUUCCUUAGCAAUGAUUUUAAAGGGUCCACAAUAGAAGUCCAAAAGAUUGAGGACUUUUCUUGGCUAAAUGCCUCUUAUGCUCCCGUUCUGAAACAAAUGCUCGAUCCAAAUACACGAGCAUAUUAUUUUGGAGGGCUUCAAGAUUUGGCAGUUGAUCCAAAACUGCGAAACCCGAAGUACCUGUUGCUAUUGAACCAUCUUCGGUUUUACAUUCCAGAGAUCUAUCCACAGCUAGAGAAGGUAGUGUUUCUUGACGAUGAUGUCGUAGUCCAGAAAGACCUCACACCACUAUUUUCUCUUGAUAUGCAUGGAAACGUGAAUGGAGCAGUCGAAACCUGUCUCGAAGCAUUUCAUCGUUACUACAAGUUCCUGAACUUCUCUAACUCAAUCAUAAGCUCAAAGUUUGAUCCACAGGCAUGCGGAUGGGCCUUCGGAAUGAAUGUUUUUGAUCUAAUUGCAUGGAGGAAAGCAAACGUUACUGCUCGGUAUCAUUACUGGCAGGAACAAAAUGCUGAUGGUCUGCUUUGGAAGCCAGGCACUCUUCCUCCUGGUUUAUUAACCUUCUAUGGGCUAACGGAACCACUUGACCGAAGAUGGCACGUCUUAGGAUUGGGUUAUGACCUGAACAUCGACAACCGUUUGAUCGAGAGUGCAGCUGUAAUUCACUUCAAUGGAAACAUGAAGCCAUGGUUAAAGCUGGGCAUAACCAGGUACAAGCCUCUUUGGCAACGUUACAUAAACCAAAGCCAUCCUUAUUUUCAAGAUUGCAUUACAAGUUAAACUGUACUACUAAUUGAUUGCAAGUCACUCGAGCAAUCUCUUUGGCGCUUCCAACACAUUUCACCAAUGCUUUCAUUGUAGAUUCAAAAAGUAGACAAUUUUGACUUUGUUAGGAGGUUUUGUUUACUCCACCCUAGUUUCUUGAGAAGAGAAAAAAAAAGAGAUGAUUUUUAUACAUUAGAGAAGUUAAAAUGUAAUGAGGAAAAUGGCCCUGGGAAUCCAUUUUUGCUCCCAUCAGCAAGCUGUAGAUUUUCUUUUUUUCUUAUUUUUACUCCCCUCAUUGUCUGCAAGCUAUAGAUUGUUAUUAUUUACUUGUCAAUUUCUUUAAUAAUUUGUUCGAACAUUUUAGUUAUGUAAUUGAAAUCGAUUUAUUGUUCA